ACCCACAUAGGUAAUAAUGGCGUUUUGAAAUUAUCAAAGCUUUAAUCUUUUCCAAACAAUGGCGUUCUUCUGGAAGGUCAAUGUGAUGUCUGCACAAAGGUGUUUUUACUUGACUGUUAGAAAGAUAAUCGGUGGGCAACUUCACUGCAAGUCUGCAUGGACUGUUAAACUUGACAGGAGCUCUCAUGUCCCGAUCACAAAUGAGAAAAGAAUAUGAUUGGGUAUUAUUGUUAAUAAUUUAAUAAUGUUGUACUAGAACUAGAUUAGAUUGAGGGCCAUAUGGUGUGUUGUGAGAAAGUUAUUGCUUUCUUGACUGAGGAAUCUGCAGUCUGCAGCAGUUGUUCGCUAGUGGUUGGCAGAUUGUGCCCAACAUUUACCGUCUUUUUGUUUGGAUGUGGCAGCAGCUCAUCCUCGUGGCUUUCCCUGCCUCCACUGAUAGUGAAAGGCGUCUGGACUCUCUGACCCCCCUUAUCACAAUCUGCAUCUAACUUUCCUUCACCAGACUUCUGGUUUUAUAGGAUCAUGCACAUUGCAGACGCCAUCAAUGAAAGUGGGGGUACGGUGUGCAAGGUCUAGGACUUAUUGAAGCCCAAUCACCGCUUUCUGACAAAGAUGGACUAUGAAGCGCGAAUCUUGGUCAUUUAACACGUAAAACACCCAGAACAAUCAUCCCUAAUGCAUAACUUUCUGUAAACAGGAUUGCCUCCUGUGUUUUCAUUGAUUAGUGUUCAUCUAGAAGAGUGGGUUUUAUGUGUCUGGGGGUGGUUGUUUUUUUCUACUUCAAGGUGUCUAUGACUGAAGUACAGAGCUCUGUUUUUUGAAGCUUUUAUGAGACAUUAAGGCUAGCUCACGUGGUGUCUACUGUCUACAGUAUUGAACUGUGCACCGUUUAAGUAGUCUGUAGAUUCUCCAUGUCGGACUUGUCCUCUGAGUAGGAGCCUAAUUGGGCGAGAACACUGAGGCUUUAGAGUUAGGUCGGUUGAAGAAUUUCUCCAUGGCAGAGCUUUGAACUCAACCCUUUUAGUAGUUUGUUACCCUUCAUGAAUCCAGAUUUUGGCCGCUCUUCAAAGUUGUGAGCUUGAAUGCGAAAAGCAGCAUGGAUAUGGUAUUUGUCCAAGGAUUUAGCAGUUCUAAUGUAUGUUAUAUUGAUCUUUCAAAGAGACAGUUUGGAGAGUAAGCAUCUAGUUAAUAUUGGGUAUACAGAGGAUUCAUCUGCUUGGAUUUAGUGUUUAGAGUGGGGUAUUUGUCUUAACAGAAUUGAUAUUUUAUUUACUAUUCUAGUAUUAGGCCUUUGAACUUUUUGAAACAAAGAGUUCACCACUCACAUAUUUGGUGAAGGAUUUAAAGUUUCUUUGUGAAGCCUGUGCUUUUUACUCCUAAUCUAGCUCUGAUAUCAUGUUAAUUAACCUAGAACCCCUUAUUUUACAUGCUGGAUUCUCUACCAGUGAGCCACACUGAGCUACUCUUCCCCAUGUAAGGAUUCUUGUUCUAGCAGAGGAGUAAAAUGGAGUGGCAGAGGCAGGUGCGAGAAUGCAUGCGAGGUGUGCGGUUUGACAAGGCAAAGAAACCUAAAUUCAAUGAAUCUCAAUCCGACAAUCUGUGCAGAGCAUUUCUGGCAAAGCUCUCCAAGUUCUGCGAAUUUGGGUGGCCGCCAAUAAGCGGCGCAGGUGGGAAGAUCAAACGGGUUUCUCUAGGCAGAGAAGACCCACUUGCUGGAGAGCGCGAGGAAUACAAGGAAAGUGCUAAAAUCAUCCUGCAGCGAGCUUGGAAGGAAGUAUACCGUGUUAUCAGAGAAGCAGAAAUGUAUUUGCAGUAUUGCUCCGGUCCCGAGUGGUGGAAGAAGGCACUAACAUUGGGUGCUGCAGGCGAGGCCCAUGUCGUUCAUAUGCACGACUUGCUGUGGUGCGUCUUUUGUUUGGAUUUGAGCCUUGUUUAUGCUGCAGAUUCUAAAGAGGCCUAUUAUGAUGAAGUUUGCUGCAGAAGAAUGGGAGAAUUUGGCGGAGAAAUGAACAGUCCCCUGCGCAUUCAUGACGAGUAUGUGGAUAAGAAGCAGCUGGUCAGCACUUUGAAUGGGUUAUGGAAGGAAUAUGAAAGCAAAAAUGCACUGGCAAAAAUUAUGCUCAACAACGAGGAAGAAAACAAGGCCCGCUUAGCCAAGUAUUUAGCACAGAGACUGCAGGCCUGGAGUAAUUUGCAUGAGGCAGCCAGAGUAACUGAAUUAACUGUUCCCGAGUGGCUCAGGAUCGAUCCCCGGGACUUGAAGUGGAAAAAUCAAACUCAGAAUGUUGUGGGCAUGGACUGUGACGAAAUCUGUGAGGCGUCAUGGCUAGGGAUUAAGGUGGGUGUGAAAGAGAUAUCCUCAGAGGGCUAUGAACGCUUUCAGAAGAAAGCCCUGGAUUUAACAAGGUUGCAGAGUCCAUUCCUUGUGCAGUUUUUUGGUGCCUGCUUGGAUGGGGACAGGUACUAUCUAAUCACAGAAAUGGUUAGUUCCAAUCUGGUCAAGUUGCUAGAAGAGAAGCCAUCAAUUCUUCUAGAUGCUUGUCUCGAUAUAAUGUUACAGAUAUCCAGAGGGAUGGAGUAUUUGCAUAGCCAGAGAAUCAUGCAUCUGGAUCUCAGGCCUUCAAAUGUCCUAAUAGAACCCAGCUGCAUUAAGGAUUUCAGAGAGGAAGGCCAUGGCAGGGUCAAGAUUUUGAAUAUGGGGAUGGCUGUAUCCAGGCUGAACAAGACCAAAAGUUUACUAUCAGAGUUUCUGCCCUCAACAUGUUAUUCUUACUGGAUGGCACCAGAAGCCCAUGGCGAAAACUUAAAAGAGUGUACAUACAAAGCAGAUGUCUACAGCUUUGGAAUGAUCUGCUAUCAAAUUCUCACAGGCAAACAGCCCUUCGAAGAUGACAUUCCUGAUGACAAGCUGUAUGCAAGCAUAAGGCAGGGCCAAAGGCCUGUUUUUCCUUCUUCAUUGUGUCCGUCCUUGUUGGCCGAUUAUAUCUACAAAUGGUGGGACAGCAAUCCUGGAAAUCGUCCCCACUUUUAUGAGAUUUCAAAGUUUCUCAGAUAUAUGAAAUUGCUGGUCCUGAGAAUUCCUAGUCCUCAGAAGCCUAAUUCAGUUUGGAUUUCUUGUAGACAAUUUGACAGAGAGCAAAUCACUAAGUUCUUUGAAGGAAUCUCUGCAGAUGAGAGAGUGACAAGUGAAGAAGAAGGGCUCAUCAUAAGGGCUCUAGAUGGAGAUUUUCCCGAGUCCUUCAGAACUCGUGAUGUAUAUGAUGCAACAAAAUUCGAUGUGCCUGUGGCAUCGCGGAGGUCAUUCAGUGGUAGAUUCCUUCUCCGGCCUCAGGGCAGUGACAUCAAAUCUCUGGUAAGCUUGCCUGCAUACAUUAAGAAAUAUUCAUAUGAAGAACUCCACAAAGCUACCUGUGGAUUCGAACUCAGGCUUGCAAGUUUUGUCUGUUCAGUUUCAAUUUGGAAGGCUAUUCUUCCUGACAGAUCCCAUGUAGCGGUGAAGCUUUAUGACAAGGGAAAUUCUGAGAGCUUUCGCAAUGAAACAACUGUCUUAUCACAAGUCCACCAUCCUAAUAUCAUUCGAUUGCGUGGAGUUUGUGUUGGUAAUUCGAAGUUUCUGAUGGUUUAUGAUUAUAUGGCAAUGGGUAGUCUGGACAAAAGACUUUUUAGCACUCCUGCUGGGAAAUCAGGCCAUCAAAGCCAUGUUUUAAAUUGGGUCAUGAGGAGGAGGAUUGCCCUGGGUCUAGCCCGAGGUUUGGCCUACCUUCACCAGGAUUGUAGUAACAAAUUUCUCAAUGUAAGAAUUGAUACAAACACCAUUCUUCUAGAUGAAAGAUUCUCUGCCAAGCUUUGUGGGUUCGGCUUAGCCAAGCCUGCAGGAUAUCUGGGGCCUGGAACGCAGCUCAAUAGUACUAUUCAGUGGCAGAAAAAAACAGAACAAGAGGACGAAGAAGUUGCAAACAUAUAUAGUUUUGGAGUAGUGUUGUUAGAAAUUUUGACAGGGUGCAGAUGCAUUGAUACACCAUAUUCAGAGUAUUAUUCGCUACAUGAAUCUGUUCACGGGAUUGGCUCCAGGACAGUUAUGGAGUUUGUUGAUCAUCGUGUGAGAAAUGAAAUUGAGGUCAAGGAGGCUAAGAAUGUGAUCAAUCUUGGGCUUUGGUGUAUUGUGAAGGAUCCAUCUCUGAGACCCACUAUGAACAGAGCAGUACUGGUUAUGGAGGGGCUAAUGGAUCUCUGUGCACCUCCUCUCGGUAAAGUAGAGAUCCUUCCUCCCCCUCUUAGAUCACACCAUUUCCUUCAGUCCCAAAGGGCUAAUCACAUCAACAAUAAUCCUGCCAACAGUGUGUUGCAGUUGCCAAUGGAGUCUCUACUCUCAACAAUGACCGAAAUCAGAAGGAUUGGUGAAUGAAUGAUUGUUUCAAUCGACUUAUUUUUCUAAUCAUUGCAGCAUUACGUUUCAUGUCAAUUAUGGCUCUAUAAAUUGGCUUGAAGUUGGACUUCAGUUCAAACCGAGUGACAGAUCUUGAAUGUUCAGGCAGUGAGGUUGCAAAUAUUAGUCAUGAAGGUAUUUGAAAUCAUCACUGCGAUCAAAUGCAGCAUUGCAGAGUGAGGCUUACUUCUGCCAGUGAGCAUGCUAUAAAGAUCUGUCAUAACUGACUGUGUACAGGCAAUUGGGCAAGUGAUGUUUCUAUACAAUAUCUGAGUUUAAGCUGGCUGUAUUUUAAUAUAAGGGAAAAGAGAUAUGCAUGAUUGUUCUUUCAUUCAAUUGUAAUGGAACAAUUGCACUUAUCUACAUUCCAAUCUUUUGUAUUUGGAGAAGAAAGACAAUGUUAAUAUAUUAUUUUGAUGGAAUUGAAUGAA